UAUCUAUUCUAUGUAACCCAAUAAUACACGUUUACUUGGUCAGUUGGUCUAUCAUACACAGCUCCGUAUUGGUUACAGAGCUUAGAUAACGACCGACUUAAAACUGAAAAAUGCAUCUACCCUGAAACCCAUUUGAGUGCAAUUGAAGCCAAUUCUUCUUCUUCUAUGAUUGUUGUACAAAAACAAGAUACUGGGCGUAAUAUUUCAUGUUAAGGCACGUUUUUGUGCCUAUCCAAGGCUUUAUAUUCGCAUCCAAGGGCCGUAUUUGGCCGGGAUAGCCGGAUCAAGAUUCAUGCUCCAUAUGCAUGGCUGUACUGUCUUUGUCUGUCUGGGCUAGGUAGGAUCCCAUGUUUCGACUUUUAGCUUCUUGUCUUGGCUAGCGCUUUCAAAGAACUCCAUUUGCCAAUUGUUACGGUAAACCGCUCCUGCUUAUAUACAUCAGCAUAUGAGGUUUGCGUCCAUACUUUUCUCAAGACAACAGUACAUACAUGUGGCUAGUCAAUGCCAAUCCUUCAAAUGUUCAAGUCUGCUUUCCUUGAAUACAGAAUUGGCAUUCCCAGAGGUCUAUCCAUGGAGGCCUCAAUCUACAGCUUCUUUAUGCUCUUCAUCUUCCUUUAUUUCUUUACAAAGUUGUUUCUUCAGUACAACAAAAACCUCCCACCAAGUCCUGGUGUCUCUCUACCCAUCAUAGGGCAUCUUUACCUAUUGAAGAAACCCCUCCAUCGAACUCUUGCAGAUCUUUCUAAGCGAUAUGGUCCGGUGCUAUUCCUCCAGUUUGGUUCACGACCUGUCAUCCUUGUGUCUUCUCCUUCUGCUGCAGAGGAAUGUUUUACCAAAAACGACACAAUUUUCGCCAACCGCCCAAAAUUACUUGGCGGAAAACACUUUGGUUACAACUACACCAACGUUCUUUGGGCACCAUACGGCCAACACUGGCGCAACUUAAGGCGCAUAGCUUCCCUUGAACUCUUGUCAACGCAUCGUGUGCAGAUGUUUUCUGGAAUUCGUAUCCAGGAAGUCAGGUCAUUAGUUCACAGGCUUUUUGGAGGUACAAAGGGUGGUGAAUUUCAGACCGUGGAAAUGAAGUCGAUGUUUUUUGAGCUCACACUGAAUUUUAUGAUGAGAAUGGUUUGUGGUGAGAAUCAAGCAAGUGCAGAGGACGCCAAGAGGUUGAUAGAAAUUGUGAAAGAGACGUUUGAGUUAAGUGGGACUACGAAUUUCAGUGACUUUGUUCCAGUCUUGAAGUGGAUUGGGACAAAUAGUAUUGAGAAGAGAAUGGUGAGUUUGCAGAAGAAAAGGGACCUGUUUACCCAGGAAUUGAUUGAAGAGCUCAGAAGAAAAAAGAACAGUACAGCUAAGACCAUGAUUGAUGUCCUGUUAUCACAGCAGGAGAUUGAACCUGAUUACUACACAGAUGAAAUCAUCAGAGGCAUGGUGCUGGGGAUGUUAUCAGCUGGUACAGACACUUCCGCUGGAACGAUGGAGUGGGCUUUCUCGCUUCUUCUAAACAAUCCAGAGGCUCUUGUCAAAGCACAGUCUGAACUUGACAAUCACAUUGGACCAAACCGACUGAUUGACGAAUCUGAUCUACCCAAACUACCAUAUCUCCAUGGCAUCAUCAAGGAGACCCUCCGUAUGUACCCAGCUGGCCCACUUCUGGUCCCCCAUGCCUCAUCAGAAGAUUGCACAGUUGGAGGUUUCCGAGUUCCCCGAGGCACGAUUCUAUUCGUAAACGCGUGGGCAAUACAAAAUGACCCCAAGUUCUGGGAAGAACCCAGAAAGUUCAAGCCUGAGAGGCAUCAAGGGGGCAAAGAUGGGUUCACGUUGUUGACAUUUGGAGCUGGAAGGAGAGGGUGUUUAGGGGAGGGCUUGGCAAUGAAGAUGAUUGGGCUGGCAUUGGGAUCGCUGAUUCAAUGCUUUGACUGGGUCAGAGUUGGUGAGGAGAUGGUGGAUAUGACUGAAGGGCCUGGGCUUUCCAUGCCCAAGGUGCAGCCCUUGCUGGCAAAGUAUAGGCCGCGCCUAAGCCCAAAUAUGAUCAGCCUCCUAUUUGCAAAGAAUUAUGUUUGGGACCUCCAAUAUGUGACCCUCCAUCUAAUAUGUAGUAUUGGAUAUUAAGUGGACUUUAUGUGUGUUUAUAAUUAUAAUCAAUAUUUAGUUCAUAUGCAACAUAGAUUUAGGGUAAAA